AUGCCUCGCCCAGCAGAAACCGCGAACUACAAGGACCCGAAGGUGUCGCUGAAAUUCUACGUCGAGGCUGAAUUCGAAACAUUCACGCUCUACUUCUUCUCCUACAACCACGGCAGUGAGACCACAGACCACCUGACGCACAACCACGGCAUCGACGAUCCCGGCCGCGGCUUCGCUCACAUCGCCACCGCCGUGCCCGACGUCGAGGAGGUCUGUGAACGCUUUGAGCUCCUCGGGCGCCUUUCGGACGGGAAGACGUUCAUCCUCGACCCCGAUGGCUACUGGAUUGAGAUCAUCAAGGGACCACUGGCACCAGAACUUUCGUGA